AUGCUAUCUCUCCGUCGCCGCUUGGCUACGUCAAUAACCCCCAGUGCAGCAUUUUUUGCAAGAACCACCGUGGCUCCCAACACACCCAUAUCUAUCCCACUGAAUCUCCAGCCAAAGUCUGUUCUUAUACUAGCGACGCCGCAAAAUCUCUCCGCAACAAUCGAGUCUGCAAUCAACUUGAACCAGAAUGAGAAUUUGCAGGUCGUGGUGGCCGGUGUUGAGCGCGUGGUCCCCAACGGCGUCGACAAUGGAGUAUCGGAGCUCUGGAUGAAUGAACUCAUGAAAAUCGGAGACUCUGUGCUCUUGUCGGAGAAGGAUAAGCCUGCUCCGCUUAGGGAGAGCGAUGGUGUCCAUCCAGUUGGGGCCAAGGUCAACUGGAAAAAUGUCAAGGCGUCGCUUGAGUUGAACUUGAAGGAGAUGAGCCUUAGCUUGCCGCUCGCAAACACGGCGUUUUACACCAGUUUGCUCAGCACGCUAUUUUAUUUCCAGCCCAAGGAAUUGGUCACGGCGGGUUCGAGUGUCGGCCAGACCUUGUGCGGGCUCACUGUCACCUUGCCCAACUUGGAGCCUCUGUUGAAUAAAGCCACCAUCUACGAUAAUUGGACCGCAUUGAGCACGUCAGAAGAGCCGCUCGUCGUGACAAAAUGCACCGGGAAUCUUUUGAAGGGCGUCAACAAAUUGCCGGCGUCGCUGUUCUUGGAGAAAAACACCAAACUCAUGAGUUUGGCCAGUAAAGAGACCAAGGUCUACGUGAAGAUCUACGACAAGCUGGGCGUUUGCAAAAGAUACGAGGUCAUCGCCGGCGGAGGCGGCUGGGGCGCCAAAGCAGACUUGUUGGCGCUUUCACCUGAGGCAAAGUUGAGCAUCGGAGACCGGGUUGAGUUCUUCAUGGUGGCUCCUCAAGACCAGGGCAAAAUGAACACUGCAGUUGUUUCCAACCAAUUUCUUUUUGAGUGCGCCGCAGAAGCGAAAGCUUACGGAGAGAAGAGCCUCAGCACCCAGACUGUCGAAAAUUUAUUUGGUUGUGGUAGUGAGAGCGGAUUUGUGGCUGCAAAUGUACAACACACUAGUCCUGGUGAGUCCUUGUCUAUGAGCUACAAUUAG